GCGCCCAGCGCCGCUUCCCUUCCUUCGCCCUCCCCGGGUAGACAGGUGGACUAGUUCCCGGGACGGCCAGCACCCGGGCGCCCUGCUUCCCACAGGCAAAACCGCAGCUUUCCUCUCAUCCGGAUGUCCAGCAAGCCCCUCACGGAAGCGCUGGAACGUGUGGCCGGUGUCCGGGGCCCAUUUUCUCCGGUGUCAAAUGGUACCGCUGCCGAAUUUCGCCUUCACCUUUGUAGAAGUCCAGGGUGGGUGUCCACCUGCCCUCUUCAGCGGGGUGGAUGUGAAGUGGGCGCACACAGUGGAUGGGCCAGCGCCGGGCGAUGAAGGCUGAUCAGUGAUCAAAAUUCUGCAGGAAGACUGUAAAUUUUCUGAUGGUGGUGGUAACCAUGGCAGCAGAUGAUAAAGUUGCUAUCUUGACUGAUGAUGAAGAGGAACAGAAGAGAAAAUAUGUGCUUGCUGAUCCCUUCAAUGGUAUUUCCAGGGAACCCGAACCACCUUCAAAUGAAACACCUUCCUCCACAGAAACAUCUGCUAUUCCGGAGGAGGAAAUAGACUGGAUAGAGAAACAUUGUGUGAAAAUAAACAACGAUCUUCUAAUUUCCAAAGUUUUUUAUUUUUUCUUUUACUCCGCCUAUGGCUCUCUUUACCCACUUCUGCCUGUGUAUUAUAAACAGCUGGGAAUGUCACCAAGCCAGAGCGGACUUCUCGUAGGCAUCCGGUACUUCAUUGAAUUCUGUAGUGCUCCUUUUUGGGGGGUGGUUGCAGAUCGCUUCAAAAAAGGCAAAAUUGUCCUCCUCUUUUCUCUUUUGUGUUGGGUUUUGUUCAACCUGGGCAUCGGAUUUGUCAAACCUGCUACCUUGAGAUGUGUACCAAAGAUCGCCCCAACAGCUCACCCCACCAACGCAAGUCACCUGUCAACCGUCCUGCCAGCAAAUUCCUCUGCGCUCUCUUUCCUUAACACAUCACCAAAAAUGCGUGAGAAGAGGAACCUGCCUAGUUCUGAUUGGCCACCAACUUUACAAAUGGGGCUUGAUAUCCCAGAGGCGGAUAUCUUUGCAAUGCCUUCAGCCAGGACCACUGAACCCAGUUUGCAGCCCCAGACAGGUGAAAUGACUGACCGUGUUAUGGACUUGAUCUUGAACACAAGCACAGUAACCCCCAUCCCCACAGGAAAUGUAACCAGGGAGACAACCACUGCUGCUGUCACCACCACCAAAUCCUUACCUCCUGCUCAAGUCUCUCUUGUUUAUGACCAACAGGAAGUGGAAGCUAUAUUCUUGGUGAUCUUAGUAGUUGUCAUAAUAGGAGAAUUUUUCAGUGCCUCUUCUGUCACGAUUGUAGACACGGUGACACUCCAGUAUCUGGGGAAACACAGAGACCGCUAUGGACUGCAGCGUAUGUGGGGGUCCCUGGGCUGGGGCCUGGCCAUGCUGUCCGUGGGCAUCGGCAUUGACUACACCCACAUAGCAGUGCUUAUCGAUGGGAAGGGGUGUAAGCCCCCGGAGUACAGGAACUACCAGAUCGUCUUCAUCGUCUUUGGAGUUCUCAUGACCAUGGCCUUGAUCGUGGCUACUCAGUUCCGGUUCCGCUACAACCACUUCAAAAACAGCGAUAACAGAGGAAAAGAGGUAGAGAUCCCGCAGGUGGAAAGGAAUGCCUCCACGGAGUCUUCUGAGGAGACACCGUCUGCCGCAAGCCACUCACAAACCUUCAACUUUUGGGACUUAAUCAAACUUCUGUGCAGUGUGCAGUAUGGCUCCGUGUUGUUCGUGGCUUGGUUCAUGGGUUUUGGCUACGGCUUCGUGUUCACCUUUCUGUACUGGCAUUUGGAAGAUCUGAAUGGAACCACAACCCUCUUCGGGGUCUGUUCAGUCCUGAGCCACGUGUCGGAGCUGACAGCGUAUUUUUUUAGUCACAAGCUUAUUGAAUUGAUCGGCCACAUCAGGGUUCUGUAUAUUGGUCUGGCCUGCAAUACUGCUCGCUAUAUUUAUAUUUCCUACCUGGAAAAUGCCUGGACUGUGCUCCCCAUGGAAGUUCUUCAAGGGGUGACCCACGCAGCCAUCUGGGCGGCCUGUAUCUCGUACCUCAGUGCGGCCGUGCCCCCUGAGCUGCGGACGUCUGCCCAGGGCAUUCUGCAGGGGUUGCACCUGGGCCUGGGGCGAGGCUGUGGCGCCAUGAUCGGAGGUGUGCUAGUCAACUACUUUGGGGCUGCUGCAACCUUCCGGGGAAUUGGCAUGGCCUGCCUGGUGAUCCUCCUGCUCUUUGCCCUGAUCCAGUGGCUGGCAGUGCCAGAUGAGGAGGAAGACAAGACAAUGUUGGCAGAAAGGAUUCCUGUUCCCUCCAGUCCUGUUCCCAUAGCAACCAUCGACUUGGUGCAGCAACAGCCAGAAGAUGUCAUGCCACGCCUUGAGCCCAGACUUCCGCCCAAGAAAACCAAGCACCAGGAAGAGCAGGAAGACGUGAACAAACCAGCUUGGGGGGUCAGCUCUUCUCCCUGGGUGACCUUCGUCUACGCACUGUACCAAAUUAAAGAGAUGAUGCAACUGACAAGAGAAAACUGGGCUUCUGAGAUCCAGCCUUUACAGGUGACCAGUGAGAAUCAGGCGAAUUCCCCAGCAGAGGGAGCUCAGCACAUCCCUCAUGAGCCCCGCUCUGACCCACCUAGCAGCCAGCCACCCCCUGCUGCAGCAGCAUCUCCACCGCAGACCAGCGCUGCCCACGCCGGUGGGGACCUGAGCGGGGACCCUGAGAAGCCUUGGGCUCCGCCUGCUGCGGGAGGACCCUGAGGGCAUCCUGCGCAUCUCAGCCUGCAUGGAACCUGGCUCCUUGGCCCGGGCAGAGGGCGCAGCCCCCGCCUGAACACACUGCAUACGCUUCUCCAGCUCUCAACUCGCCAACGUGACGCACACACACCUGAGCU